AGAGACAGACUCAACACAGAGAGGGUCCCAGCACUCCCAGCCAGUCCCCCUAAGAAGGGUUGACUUGGGACGUCAAGAGUACACCACUUUCCAAUAGUUAUCAUAACGAGAUAUCUCUCAUAAACUCACUGUCUGCCGAAAAGGCAGGAACAUGAUGUAAUACAUUUUCACGUGUCUCUCUCAUGGUACAAAACAGGCUUUACUCAGGCAUGGUCCUUUGAUCUUUUCCGUAAUGCAUUAGAACACAAGAAUAUAUGAAGUCUAUUUUUUCCCCCCUGGGAACAGUAUAGUAAAUAUUUCCGGACAUCGGGUCAAUGUUCGGUUAACCUUGGCCUUGGCUAAGGUUUCAUUUUCCAGCGGACACUUGGAACAAAAAUACUAUUAUAAGCUACUUUUGGUUGUUGCAAUAAGUAUUUACAAAGUAUAUACAUAAUAUUUGAGGAAGCCGUAAAUACCCAACUGGCCUGUUCAAGUCUAUUGGAAUACACUUUAUUCGGAAUUGACUUGCAUAAAAUCAACCAAUUUUCAAUCAUGCACAUAUCUAUAAUACUUAAAAACUUACUGAAGCUUCAAUAAUGCCAGCUGGUAAUUAAUUUAAAUCAUUUACAAUCCUAUUACCAAACCAAUAUUUCCCUCUUAAAUUGGAAUAUAUUCUGUAUAUAACCAUUGUUACCAAUUCUGACCAGGUUUGGCUAUUUCAAGACCUCGUGUCCCCAACAUUAAGUAAGUAAUUAUCAAAAGAUGACACUAAGCAGGGAAGACUAUAUAGCAGUCCCCCCCCCAUUGUAAUAAAUAAUAAAAUAAAAUAAUAAAAAAAAAUGUAAUAAUAUAAUACAAAGAAAUCAUCCACAAGUAGACUUCAAUCAUAGCUCCCCUUCUCCUACGUCUUUAAAAAUGUAAGUUAAAUUCUCCAAAGUUAUCUUUAUAAGAAAAAUUCCUGACAACUGGGAUUAACUUUGUCAUCCUACUUUCGAGAGAACUUAUGCCUAUUCUGUAAGAUAGUGACCAUUCUUUAACAGCAUAUGUUGACCAGACCACACACUAGAAGGUGAAGGGACGACGACGUUUCGGUCCGUCCUGGACCAUUCUCAAGUCGAACAGCAUAUCUCAAGUGAAGGGAUCACUAGGCUAAACACAAGACAGUUUUCGAUUUUUGUUAACAGGCUUAGAACGUUCCCUUCCCACAGCUUAAGCCUGACUUUAUUAGCUUCUCCCUGGAACGCAACCCACCAAUCACUUUACAACUAGCUCUCUAAUUAAGGUCAGUAAGGUUUCCAAUUACUGACUGAUGAACAAGGGCGACCAGUUAAGGACAGGUUGGCUCAAGCACGUGGCCCGAGUGUGUUCACAUCCUUACGCUAUAUAUAAACAUUCAAGCCUGUCACAGCUGUUUAUUUCGUGCACUGAUACAUUGCUGUCUUAGUUUUAAGGCUUUACUAACCAUCCCUAACCAUCAUGUUGUCACUGGAAGGUGUUAAUAAACAGCUUCUGACCAUCUCCAAAAGCUCUACUACCUCAAGAUGUCUUAAUAUUAGUUAUGUGUACUCAAUUUUAUUGUAUUUAAUUUGAACUUAUUGUACCAAAGUUAAAAUCUCCAAUAAUGAAUAUAUUAAUAUUCUUUGAUGCACUUCUAAUUUUUGUCCAUAUGGUUCUGCUUAAAUUUCAAGUCAAGGUUUGGUGGCCAGUAUAUUACAUUUGUUAUCAAUUAUUCAUAACUAAUAAUUUUGCAUGUCACCUAGGAUAGAUUUUCUGUUUAAUGAUGCAGUUAACAUUUUCAGUUUGACAAACAACAUGGACUGGACGGUAGAGCGAUGGUCUCGCUUCUUUUAGGUUGGCCUUUAAUCCCUCGACCAUCAAAGUGGUUGGGCACUAUUCCUUUCCUCCGGUCCAUACUAAAUCUUCAUCUUCAUAUUCCUUCCGAGUGUAAUAUAGUCUUAAUGGUUUCGUAUUUUCUCCUGAUGAUUACCUUACCAUUAAAUUUCCCUUACCAAGACAACAACAACAACAACACCUGCUCUUCAAAUUGUCCUGUCAGUGUGUGAAAGAGUUUAAAAUCUCCCCCUAAUCUGACACUCUGCUAGAAGGUCACACAAUUCUAUAUUCACCCAUGUUUUAGUGAGUGCAACUAUGUGUUUGCUUCUAUAUAGUCAAUUUCUACCAAAUGUUUCUGUUGUAAAUACUUAUAACUGUUGUUAACAUGUAUCAUUAGGCUAUUUAAUAUAAUUCCUUCUAUGACAUUGCUUUUCAUCUUUUGUGUAUUUCCUCCAUCCUCUCAUGAUUCGGUUUAGAGUCCAAUAUACUACAAGACUAUCAUCCUUAGCCUGGUGUAACCCACGUAACUAUUAUCUCUCACGAUGAAUACCUCAUUUGACAUGACCAACAUGACCAUUAACUCUUGUUCGGAAGAAUCCACAUGACCAUUAUCUCUUUGAACUGCAAUCCUUCCUUGUAGUUAAGCUUCUUGUUCUCCUGAUACCAGCUGACUGUCUUUGUGACCUUGUUAUGUUGUUAACUCGGGUGAACAUUUUCAAGCGUGCGAGUGACCUGACCUGACCCUUGACCCGGCAGGUGGCCGGCGCUGGCGGGUCAUGGAUGGAGAGGGAAGACCGUCGCCGCCGUGACGCCCAGGACUCUGCCUGGCCUCCGCCCCGUCCACCAGACUUCCCCCCUUUCCCUGAGAGCCUCUGGGGCGAGAGCCACACCUGGGAGGAAGAUCACCACGCCAACCCCUUCGAGGAUAGCGCCUGGGAGGACGUUACAUGGGAGGAUAACACGUGGGAGGAGGAAAACAAUGCCCACUCUGAUGGGUGUGAUUGUGGUGGGCCACCGCCUCCCAUGUUCAACCUGCCGCCACCUCCACCAAUCCCCAAGUUCCCUGAGGAGGAGGAGGAAGGGUCGGGGUGCGAUGCCCCGCCUCCUUCGGAGGUGUGCCCCGCCCUGCUGGUGGCCGGCGGCGCCCACACCCACCAGCGACUACACCCUCCCCUGGCGGCGCUCGUCGUGGCCGCCGCCACCCUCACUGUCGUGUUUAUCAUCGCUGCUCUCGUCUGCUGGAGAUACAGAAGACAACGGGCCAGACGCGGACCUUCCAAGUCAACAAGCGACCUUACCAACGGAGUCAUCUACGAGGACCUGCCGUCAGGUCCCACGCCCAGGGUCGUGCCCUCUGCCCACACCCACGCCCGCGACACCCACACACUCGCCCCCAUGGAGCUGCUGGACAUGAAGUUGACGUCUCACGUGCACAGUGCAUCAUCGUACGGCGGGGCGGAGAGCAACGCACCGUCGCUCCUGCAGCAGUACCAGACGCCCCAGGCCCUCACCCCCACCUUCGCCCACCCCCACAGCUCCCCACAGUACUCCCCCAAGCAGCUCUACGACGCCCACCGCUCCAGCAGAAGUUCCCAAGAGAUAUAUAACCCAACCUACGAAGAAAUCUCCACAGCUGCGGCUGACGGGUUGAGUGUGUCGCCCUCAGGUAGCGACACCACCUCCGUCAGCAGUGCCAGCGUCAGCUCAGAGGGCCCCGGGGCCCCGCAGGUUCGAGAGCGGCUCGGGGAGGGCCCGGGGCCGCCAGGGAUAUGGUCGGAGCCCGGGAGCUGCACCUGCUCGGGCCGUCGGGUUCCCCAGGGGCGGAGAGGCCCGCGCGGGGGUCGCUCGCGCAAGCCCCGCGCGACCAGCAGUGCCACGAGCACCGGCACCACCGAGGGCAGUGAAUACCACGAGGCCCUCCUGCCGCAGCUGGUGCCCUCGCUGGCCCUGAGGGGCAGCACCGCCGCAGCCCGCCACCCGGCCCUGCCCUACACCAUCCAGGGCACUAGCGAUGGCCGCACCUCCACCUCAUCCUCGUCUGACCUGCCCGUCGACCGCUGCCUCGCCCCCCGCGAGCCGCGCUAUUACGUGGGGGUGCCGCCCCCUAUCACCCGCAGCCCCAGCACCCCCGAGGGCCACGGCCCCCCGGGGCUGCACUUUGGCGACUCCAUAGAGGGUUCCUCAGGGGCGUCGACGUGUGGGGGGGAGAGGCCCUCCCCGACGGAGAGGGGGCUGCCCCCCCUCCCCUCCCGCAGCGACCGCUACCGCAUCUACUUCACCACGGAGCGGCGGCGCGGGGCGGAGGUAGCGCCGCACCCGGCCGCAGCCCGCACACUCGACCCUGCCGCCAGGAAGCGGCAGCGACGUCACGACGCCGCCAGCUCUAGGGAGAGCGAGCCGCUCUAUCACGAGCUCUAAGUAUCAGAGCAUCACUCACGUUCUACGGUCCUCUCACUCACGCUCUACACCUCUACAUUCUCUACUCACCCCACCUUACCCCCCAUCGUCCACCCUUUUCUCUUCCCCUUCGCCUCACACCCACUCACCAGGAUGGAAGGAGAAAAGGCAGCUGACUUCGUCUCUGCUGCCACCAAUUAUCGCCCCCUAAAGCCACGAGUCACACACACACACACACACACACACACACACACACACACACACACACACACACACACACACACACACACACAGUGAGAGGUGGGGAGGGGGGGGGGAGAGAGCGUACGAGGAUGAUACUCAUAUGUAGGGCUCUUCCAUGUUAUUGACAUCAGAAUAUUUGUUUUAAUAUUUCCUUUACCAAAAAAAAUACGAGACGAAGAAAAUUAGUUUCGUCACAUAGGCCAGUGUAGCUCCGAUAGCCCCAAGAGGUGGUUAUCAUUUAUGUGUAAAUACACCGCACACUCAACUACAUAUACACCACACACAUACCCUGUAUAAGGUGACCUAAUAUCCCACAUACUGUGCCCACACACACACACAGUAGCAUCCUCCAGUGGCAUUACAUGUUCACUUGUACUGAAAAGUGUUCCACUUUAGAACUUAGCAUCUUAUAAGGAGCGUGUACCAGCUCUACUCUUGUGAUAAAACACUCUUAUUCAGGCCCCAAGGAACUCCCAUAACGUGCAAAAUGUGUAUGUGAAACGAAUUUUUUUUGUUUACAGCCAGGAACUUAAGUUGACAAGUCAACUCAAGUUGACUUAAUCAUAAACAAGUAUAUAUGAUAACUAUGGCCAUUCCCAGAAACAAACAACUCUGUUAUUGUUUUGAUAAAAAAUCAUUAAAUAACAUAGAACCCGUUCUUGUAAUCCAUUCGAUGAUCCAAAACAUUUCGGAGCUAAACAAAACCAAUGACGUUCUUAGUGGAGUUGAAUCAAAUUAUAUUUAUAUCCCAAAGAAAAACCACAAGUAAUGAAUAUAAAAUUAUUUUUUAAAAUUAUUUAUGAAACAUUUCAAACACGAAGGAAAAAAAAUAAAUGGUUCUCGGUGUUCAGGCAGCUGUGAUGUUUGUUAAUGAACUUAAAUAUUCGCUUUACUAAAAAGAAAAAAUACAGUGAUUGUGAGAGAUUGUGAUAGUGAAGUACAUGUGAUGGUGAAGAGGCAAGACUGGUAAUAGACAAAGAAUAUGCUUGUGUUUACGCCCCCCCCCCUUCCCCCAAUGGAACACCAAUAGUGUCUAACAAACUUUCACUAUGAUCAUGAUGAUAAUGACAAAGCAACAGAAAAGGGGGCGAUAGUGAUAUAAAACAAGCAAAUAGGUAAAUAAAAGACAAAAUAUAAACAAACUAUUUCAGGAGAGUGAAAUUGAGGGUUAUGAAAAAAAAACUUGCUCACCUGUACAGAAUUACCCAAAUUACCAAAAAAUAUUUAUAAAUAUCUACUGAAGAAAACAGCGAAGUCUUACAAGGCCACUGAUAAAACAUGAGAGAGGCAGUAAAGAUGUAUGUGUGUGUAUGUGUGUGUGUGUGUGUGUGUGUGUGUGUGUGUGUGUGUGUGUGUGUGUGUGUGUGUGUGUGUGUGUGUGUGUGUGUGUGGAGGUGUGUGUGGGAGGGGGGGUUACUGGGGUGGGAAGGUAUUACGAGCAGAGAGAGAGAGAACCUUCUUAAAGGGAUGAGCGGUUUACCUGGAGUAGUCACCACUGUUGCCAGUGAUAAUGCACAUAUCAUGUAUCUCUUCCCUCUUCCUCCAUUCUCACACCUGGUUUAUGACACGGUCCUUCCAUCUCUCUCUCUUUCUCUUUCUCUCUCCUGUCUUGUCUUUUACUCCUUCAACUUCAUCAAAACCUCUACCACCUCUUGUUCUAGAAUUUCACAUAAAUAUAUAUAUAUAUUUUAAAACACUUUCCUAUUACUCAGUCACAACUUAAAAAUAGUAUCACCCCUAAUUACGACAAAAUUCCAGAAUUUGAGCAUCUCUUUCAGUAAAAAAAAAAAAAAUUGACUAAAGAACCCCAUACCCAAACUCCACUUA